AUAAACAACAAAGAUAUCAAAUUCAAGAAACUGUAGGAGAAACUAGUGAUUGGAAAAUCAAAGAAACGAUCACCAACCUUUGACAUAUGACAGAUUAAAACUGAUUGAUUUGAAGUUUUGGCGAUGACAGCGGAAUCUGUGAACAAAGAUGUCUGUCCAUUUCGUGUAAGACAGUUUUGAGCAAAAAGACAUAUUUUGAGUGCAAAUAUAUAUAUUUAUUAAGAUAUGAUUUAAUGUAAUCAGUGCUGUGAGUAAUUUAACAUUAGGAAAAAUGUCGGUCGAUCGGGAAAUACCCGCAGAGGACAGUAUUAAAGUCGUGUGCAGAUUUCGACCCUUAAAUGACUCCGAGGAAAAGGCUGGGUCGAAAUUCAUAGUUAAAUUUCCCCAAGGAGCAGAUGAAAACUGUAUUUCAAUCGCGGGUAAAGUGUAUUUAUUCGAUAAAGUUUUUAAACCAAAUGCUACCCAAGAAAAAGUAUACAAUGAGGCAGCGAAAAGUAUUGUCACUGACGUUCUCUCUGGUUUUAAUGGAACUAUUUUUGCUUAUGGACAGACGUCUUCUGGUAAAACGCAUACAAUGGAAGGUGUCUUAGGUGAUCCUCAGAAACAAGGAAUAAUUCCAAGGAUAGUUAAUGACAUAUUCAAUCACAUUUACGCAAUGGAAGAAAAUUUAGAAUUUCACAUAAAAGUAUCAUAUUUUGAAAUCUAUAUGGAUAAAAUUAGAGAUUUAUUAGAUGUAUCUAAAGUAAAUUUAAGUGUUCACGAAGACAAAAAUCGGGUACCAUUCGUAAAAGGUGCUACGGAAAGGUUCGUCUCGAGUCCCGAAGAAGUUUUCGAAUCCAUCGAAGAAGGAAAAUCCAAUAGGCACAUAGCUGUAACAAAUAUGAAUGAACAUUCGUCAAGAUCACAUUCAGUAUUUUUGAUAAACGUCAAACAAGAAAAUUUGGAAAAUCAAAAGAAACUUUCCGGGAAACUUUACUUAGUAGAUUUGGCGGGUUCCGAAAAGGUGUCAAAAACGGGGGCUGAAGGUACCGUCUUGGACGAAGCGAAAAAUAUUAACAAGUCUCUUUCGGCGUUAGGAAACGUAAUCAGUGCUUUAGCCGAUGGCAAUAAAACUCACAUUCCUUACAGAGAUUCGAAAUUAACUAGAAUACUUCAAGAAUCUCUAGGAGGUAACGCCAGAACAACCAUCGUUAUAUGUUGCUCUCCAGCUAGUUUUAACGAAUCGGAAACAAAAUCCACAUUAGAAUUUGGUAAAAGAGCUAAAACCGUAAAGAACGUCGUCUGCGUCAACGAGGAACUUACCGCAGAAGAAUGGAAGAGGCGGUACGAAAGAGAAAAGGAGAAAGUUGCAAGAUUGAAAGGAAAAUUAGAGAAACUAGAAGAGGAACUCAACAGGUGGAGAAACGGAGAGACUGUGAAAGUGGAAGAACAAGUCAACCUCAACGAACUGUCAGAUGCCGCUACACCUGUUUCCGGUAUGGAAGAAAGUGUCAUAGCGGAAAAACCUUCUGGUCCUCUUCCAGCAACCCCAGCUCUAAUGAUCGGAUCUACUUUGGGAAUAGAAGAAAGAAAUAAAUUAGAACUCGAAAGAGAAAGAUUGUAUCAGCAGUUAGACGAAAAAGACGAAGAGAUCAAUCAACAGAGUCAGUACGUCGAGAAACUCAAAGAGCAAAUGCUUGAACAGGACGAACUCAUCGCGGGUACUAGAAAGGAUUAUGAAGCCCUACAAGCCGAAAUGAACAGGAUUCAGCAAGAGAAUGAAAGCGCCAAAGAGGAAGUCAAAGAGGUACUCCAGGCGCUCGAGGAACUUGCAGUGAAUUACGACCAAAAAAGUCAGGAAGUCGAGGCUAAAAAUAAAGAAAUGGAAUCUCUUUCCGAAGAAUUGAUGCAGAAACAAACUAGUUUGAAUUCCACCACCACCGAAUUGCAACAAUUGAAGGAUAUGAGUAGCCACCAGAAAAAGAGAAUAGCUGAAAUGUUGAGCAACCUCCUGAAAGAACUAGGAGAAAUUGGUAAUAGUCUUGGAGGCAGUGGUGACGGACAGGACAUUAAGAUUUCCAAUGAUGUUGCAAAAUUAGAAGAAGAAUUUACAGUGGCGAGAUUAUAUAUAUCUCGUAUGAAGAGCGAAGUAACUAGUCUGACUCAAAGGUUGCAAGAAAUCGAAAACAAAGAACAGGAUAGUAACAGGAAAGUAACUGAAUACGAAAAGGAAUUGGCAGAAUGUCGUUUGUUGAUAUCUCAACACGAAGCGAGAAUGAAGAGCCUUCAAGAAUCCAUGAGGGAAGCGGAAAACAAAAAGAGAAUGCUAGAAGAAAGCAUCGAUUCUUUGAGAGAGGAAUGUGCUAAGUUGAAAGCAGCGGAACAGGUACAAAGUGCUAGCGAAAGUGAGAAAAAAGAAGCGAAUGAACUUCGUCUCGCUUUGGAACAACAAAUGGAUCAGUUGAGAGUUGUACAUCAGAAACAAGUAGCUGCUUUAAGGGACGAAAUCGCCGAGAAACAAAGUUUAAUUAACGAUAUCAAAGACUCAAACCAAAAACUUACCUUAGCCCAGCAACAGUUGCAGUCCGAUUACGAGAAAAUCAAAUUGGAAGAAACGGAGAAAUCGCACAAGCUGCAGGAACUCAUCGCUACGAACGAGAGACGAGAACAGGCCAGGAAGGACCUUAAGGGAUUAGAAGAUACCGUCGCCAAAGAGUUGCAAACGUUACAUAACCUUAGAAAAUUGUUCGUGCAAGAUUUACAGGCUCGUAUGAAAAAGAAUCUGUCAUCCGAAGAUAACGAAGAGGACGGUGGAUCUCUGGCUCAAAAACAGAAGAUUUCCUUUUUGGAAAACAACCUCGAUCAGUUGACGAAAGUACACAAACAAUUAGUUAGAGAUAACGCCGAUUUGCGUUGCGAACUUCCUAAAUUAGAGAAAAGAUUACGGGCCACAAUGGAAAGAGUUAAAGCGCUAGAAACCGCACUCAAAGAAGCUAAAGAGGGCGCCAUGAGAGACCGCAAAAGAUAUCAAUAUGAAGUUGAUCGCAUCAAAGAGGCUGUGAGACAGAAGAACCUUGCGAGAAGAGGUCCCGCAGCCACAAUCGCCAAACCAAUUAGAGCUGGUCAACAUACAGCGAGUAAUUCUGUUAUUAGAACGGGAGGGGGGAAUUUAGCUAACAGACCGAAUGACGAAGCCCUCAAACGUAGGUCCGUUAUCGGUGGAGAUAAAGAUUAAGUUGCCGAUCACCUAUAGGUGCUUAAAACAUUUUUAGUAAGCAAGAAUUUAAAGAAAAAAUCCUUAAACCGUAAUACCAAAAAUAUUGCCGAUUCUUUACGCGAGUCUGUCACCAGCAGUUUUUGAAAUGUCAAAUAGAAAAAAAUUGCUUGUUUAGACUCGCCCUUCAAUGUGCUUACAGCUUAGAUAUUUCUGUAGUAUAAGGUUGCACUUAAACAUUGCAUUGAAAAAAAAAUAAUAAUAAUAAUUAUUAUCGAAGUAAUGUAACAGAUUGUUGGCAAAUUGUUUAAAACAACUUUCUUUUUAUAUAUUUUUUUAAAUAUCACUUCUCGCUUCUAUCAACGUAAGUGUUAACACUAAGAAAAAUAAUGUGCUUGUGUGGUAUCCUGUGAAAUAUAUUUUUUGAUUUGA